AUGUUGGGAUAACACUGCUGGAGGCUGCUCGGGAACUUUAGGAAUGGCGCAAGACAUGCAACUCCAUCCGGGCAAAAUACUGAUGCAAACGCCAUCCACACAUGCUCAGUGUCUUUAGUAAAUGCUCUUUUGUCCCGUGGAUCAUCGAUAAAGUGGGUAAUUGUAUAAAGACAGCAUGACUGCAUAAUUUGUGAGGGUAUUCAACAACACGUCGCCAAAGUUUUUGCCGCUAACCUGCUCUCCUCUCCAUAUUUUAUAUGCCAAUAUCAUGCCAUCUUUGAUGCUCUAAAGUUUGAUGCAGAAAAGCAGCGUGCAGCCUGGCUGAAUAUACACAAGCACACACACCUGCUGCUGCUGCUGGAGUUUGUUUAGGGACACAUCUGGAUCAAUUGUCCUCUUUCUGGAUUAAAAAUGAAAGUGACAGUGAGUUUUGGAAGGACUGGUGUUGUUGUCCCAUGUAAGGAAGGAUGGACAGUGCGGGAUCUCAUCCAGCAAGCCACCCAGAGAUACAGAAAACUACUAGAGCAGGAGGGAGAUUUCCUUGUACGAACCCACCAUGUUGAAUACUGCGAUGGGGGUAUUCUGGACCCUGAUGAUGUGCUAACAGACCUGGUGGAGGACAAGGACAAGCUGAUCGCUGUGUACGAGGAGCAGGAGGCCCAGCAGAGGGGCGCCAUGAGUCCUGGGAAUGGAACAAGGACAAGUAGCAGCCUAACAGGACAGUCCAGCCCAGAACCCUAUGACUCUGAACUCGCAUGCUUCCAACCAAUCAAAGGAGGAGAAAUUGAAGUCAACUCCUCUGCCCUCAAGUCCAGUACUCCUCUGCUGGUACGGAGCAGUAGCGAUUCUGCUCUUGGACCUCCUCAGAUGGAAGAUGGCAGAGCCAUGGGGAUGCACAUACAGGCUGACAUGGACUUUACGGCCAAGGGAACCGGCAAUAACAAAUCUGGCCCUCUUAGUGUCAACAGCCUCACAAAGACGGUGGAGAUUUCAGGAGAACAAGGGCCUCUAGGAAUACACGUGGUGCCGUACUGUUCCUCUCUCAGUGGAAGGGCUCUGGGCCUGCACAUUCGAGGCGUGGAGGAGAACAGUCGCUCCAAAAGGGAAGGCAUCUUUCAGGACGAUGAGUGUAUUGUUAAAAUUAAUGAUGCUGAAUUAAUGGACAAAUCCUUUUCACAAGCACAGGAAAUAUUCCGUCAAGCCAUGCGUUCACCCAUCGUUCGUUUAGAAGUUGUUCCAGUCUUUAAUAAAGAACGCUUUGAGAAGACUGUGAUUGGCCACCUCUUCAACUCAGAAAGCCCUGAUGCAUCCACACGGACCAAAGACCCUCCGCCGCUGAAGGUGAAGCCCAUGGUGAGGCCUGUGGAGUCCUCCUCAGUAUGGCAAGCCGAAUUUCAGGAGUCCAGCAGCAGUCCUGAGAGUCGCUCUCUGGGCUCUCCAUUACCCCUCAGCCUCUCUCCCACCCCCACCCCCACCCCCAGAGGCAAGAGUGUUGAAAGCCCCCUCCUGAAAAACAGCUUGGGACCAUCACCUCUACAAAUCCACAACAAAAAGGGUGGAAAGAGACUCAGAAUCGACCUUAAGAAAGGUCCUGAAGGUCUGGGCUUCACCGUUGUGACCAGAGAUUCUUCAGUGCACGGGCCCGGCCCCAUUCUCGUCAAAAACAUCUUACCCAGAGGAGCUGCUGUCAAAGAUGGCCGCCUGCAGUCAGGUGACAGGAUACUAGAAGUGAACGGUGUGGACAUUACAGGCCGUUCUCAGGAGGAACUGGUGGCCAUGUUACGCAGUACUAAGCAGGGGGACAGUGUGUGUCUGGUUGUGGCCAGACAAGAAGACAUGUUCCUUCCACGUGAGCUGAAAGAGGAGCAGGCCCGCUUGCUGCUGUCUGAGGAAGGGAAGGAGCAGCUGAUGUUUGAGGUCCCUCUCAAUGACUCGGGCUCAGCUGGGUUAGGGGUCAGCCUGAAGGGUAAUAAGUCUCGUGAGACCGGCGAGGACCUGGGCAUCUUCAUCAAGUCCAUAAUCCAUGGAGGAGCAGCUUUUAAGGAUGGGCGUCUACGUGUCAAUGACCAGCUGAUUGCCGUUAAUGGUGAACCGCUCUUGGGGAAGUCCAACCAUGAAGCCAUGGAGACCCUGCGGAGAUCCAUGUCCAUGGAGGGGAACCUGAGAGGAAUGAUCCAGUUGGUGGUGCUCCGUGCUGUAGUACCACCUAACCAGGAGUUCCAGGAAGCACGGCGAAUUCUCAAUCGAUCCUUUGAUAGCUGCGUGGGACAGGCAGGGCACCUCGGCCAAUCAGAUGGCAGCACUCAGCCCCCCAUGGUGAUGAACAGCAUCUAUGAGCGAUGUGCGGUUUCAAAUGGGGGAUACAAUCACAUGGAAGAGGGGGAUGAUGAAGGCUUCGCCACUAAUCCUCAUAGACAGGACAGCCUGAAGCUCCAGCAGAGUCUGAGUUCAGGUCUUUGUUCAGCUGACACUUCUUUGACUGACGGAGGUCAGCAGAAUCAUGUGAAGUCAUCUAAGAGCAUGGAUCUGGUGAGCGGUGGGGUUGAGUUGGGACCCACGUUAGGCCUAAAGAAGUCCAGCUCUCUAGAGAGUCUGCAGACUGCCAUGACAGAGGCCAAGAGAAACGAACUGCUGCCCUUCCACAGGCCCCGCCCACACAUGGUUAGAGGGCGUGGCUGCAACGAGAGCUUCCGAGCAGCAAUCGACAAGUCAUAUGACGGACCGCCAGAGGAUGAUGAUGAUGAGGGGUCUGACCAGAGCUCUGGACGAGACACUCCGGCCAGUGGCUCCUCUAGACAAGGUGCGGGAGACAAUGAGGAGAACAAGAAAGACAAGAAGAAGAAGGCCAAAGGCAAAAAGAAAGACAAGUUGAAAAGCAAAGGAAAGGAGAAAGAGAAGAAGAAAUCAGAAGAGGUCGGUGAUGAGUUGGAUAAGAAGACCAAGAAGAAAGGAUUCGGGUUGCUGAGAUUUGGAAAGAAAAAAGAAGAAAAGAGCAAGACGGAGACAAAAAUGAAUGCACAGAAGCAGACGUCAGAAAUUCUGAGUGAGGAAGAGUUGGAGAGGAUGAAGGAAGAGAGAGAAAGAAUUGAGGCCAAACACCAGGAAUUGAGGGAACGCCAGGUUCGGGACCGCUUCUCCCCACCUGACGUAGAGGAUGAUGACCUGGACCCGAAUUAUGCCCGCAUCAACAACUUCAGGGAGCGCAGAUCACCUUCCCAGCCGCUAUACGGGAACCGCAGCCCCUCACCGCAGAGACCCCCACCACCAGUGUCCCACAGCAGAGAGCCGUCCACAGAAGACCCUCUGGACAGCCUGUACGCCAAAGUCAACAAACAACGAAGCCCUCCACCUACUGCUGCGGACAGACAUCUAGUAGCUGUAAACAAGCAGAUGUGUCAGCAUUGGGUGCUUUUUGGCUCGAGCGGGACUUAAGCUCAACUGGCGUAAGGAGAUGAAGUAGAGCCACUGCUGGGACCGCAGCAGGGACUUUCCUCCCUGUAUAGCCAUCAUGAACCUCAGAGCUCACACACGCAUGCACACACACACUCAACACUUCCCCCGUGAGGCUGAGAGUGUGGAUAACCCCACCACCACGCACAGAGACUCCACUGUUCUACAGAGAUCUCCUCAUGCUCAGCCUGGCGUUAGCCAAUAAGAUGGAUGAUCACAGGUCCGCUGUGGGUCGAGGUGUGUGUGGACAGCACAGGCCAGGCCUGUCAACACUUCAAAGGGAAGCUGUUAUUUCACCCUGAUCCAAGACCAGCCCUCACUAUACCCAAACUCUGACCUCAUCCGUGAUAGGUGACACCACAAGACUGGUCUGAAGACGGUGUAAAAAAGCAACCUUUAUCAAGCAUUGCUGUUGACAGGCUCAAGCCCCCAGGUCAAAUAGUGCAGUGGUCUCAAGAGCUGAGAGAUGGAGUCAGUACACUCAGAGAGAUAAGAGUGUCAUUGAGGUCUUGUCAACUAAACUAUGAAACAUCUCAUUGAGUGGUUGGUGAUAAUAAAAAGAAGUCCACUGUUUCGAAAACAAUCAUGUUUUCUGCACUUCCUGUUUCCUUUGUGAUUCUCAGAAAUAACAGCUCAGGCGUGGCACAUGACUAAUCAUCUGACUUCAAUAAGACAUGACCUGAGACUGACAAGGCAUCAGAGCUAAGAAAAACUUCCCCGUGCUUCCCUAGCUGCCUGGUGUCACAGUGGCGAACAUGUGGCAGAGCGUGUGCAGGGUGGUUGAAGAGGGAGAAGUUUAUUUCGGGAUCCGCAGGGUAAUGCUGUGUCAUUAAAGCCGCUGUAGUUAGUGGCGAACUGGGGCCCUCUUUGGCCAAUGCUGGGUGGAUAUGAAGAGAUCUGUGCACAAGAACAUAUCUGAGAGUUUGGGUUCCUUGCACAGUGUGGUUUAUUCUAGCCCUUCUCUCUAAACCCCAACCUCCUGCUGUACUUUAGUGUCUCAUUUCUGUCCUCAUAUGUGUUUUUGAGUGCAGAGGGCCAAAUUAAAGGACUGUGGAUGGGCAGAGCCAGAUGGACAUUGGUCUUCCCAAGAUCUGCUUUCUCUUCCCCUUUUCUCAGUGUCCCACACAUCCUACCACAAACUUCUGCUUUUUGUACGUAUUUAACUGUGAGUGUGUGUGUUUAUUGUUCAUUUGUGUAUUUUCAACAGUGAAUCAGUCACAAGGAAAGAAAAACAGAUGUUUUUAGUUUCUGUCAAACAUCUGUCGUCAUGGAGCUUUUACCAUUGGAUUGUUCAGUUUCUUGUAUUUUUGCUCAGCGUUUGACCCUUAUACCCUUGUUGAUCUUUCCUUGGCUUGCUGUCAAAAACAUUUGCAUUAAUUCAACCGCAGCCACACAUUACCAUGCACAUCGCCUUACCUAAUGCAUGGCUCAACUCAGCAUUUUCACUUUUCUGCUUAAAGUCAACUGGAGGGCAUCAAAACUGUUAAGUUUCUAACAUCAAUCAUGCAACAAGCAGUCAAACAUAAUGGUAGCAUAUAUGAUCAUAAUUACAACAGUUUGCUUCUGUUGUUCCCUUAUGUUAUUUGGGUCAAUAAUUUUGUCCAGAUCUAUUCUAGACAUAUUUUUCUAUUUCUGGGUUAUGUCAUUUUUUUAUAUUGUGGUGGGACUUUGUGGGAUAAUUAAAACUGUCUAGGUGGUGUAACUGUGCAGAGUAACAAA